GAGCUUAACACAACACCACCAAACUUUCCCCGCGCACAGUAGUCCAGCCGAGCGGUCGCGCAUCGAUCUGCGCCUCAAAUCCGCUCCUUCACCGCCCGUACACGCACAGCACACCACAAACCUUCUACCUUCACAACCAAUCGAAACCGCAGCCAUGCUAGGUGUCGCCGGCAUGCAGCCCCGGCAACUCGCCGCCCAAGUCCUGAACUUCGCGCUCGUACUCUCGACAGCUUUUAUGCUCUGGAAAGGGCUCUCCGUUGUCAGCGACUCACCUUCACCCAUCGUUGUCGUCUUGUCAGGGUCCAUGGAACCCGCGUUCCAGAGAGGAGAUCUGCUGUUCUUGUGGAACAGGGGGUUGGAUACACAGGUUGGGGAGAUUGUGGUGUACAAUGUCAAGGGCAAGGACAUCCCGAUUGUGCACAGAGUGGUGAGGAGAUAUGGUGGAAACAAAACGCCCCUCCGUCUGCUUACAAAGGGCGACAAUAACCUUGCGGACGACACCGAGCUCUACGCACAGGGGCAGUCCUUCCUGAACCGCAAAGAAGACGUGAUCGGCAGCGUCGUCGGCUUCAUUCCCUUCGUCGGAUACGUCACGAUCCUGCUGAGCGAGCACCCGUGGUUGAAGCAGGUCAUGCUGGGGAUGAUGGGGUUGAUGGUGGUGUUACAGAGGGAAUGAUACUGGCAGAGCUGUUGGAAGAGGAUAGUGUGAGCAUUGUGGACAUAUGUCAGUCAGCACAUGAUGCAAGACGAGUACGUAAAGGGCUGCAGCUCGGCCUGAGGUCUGGGAGUACCCAUGGCAGCCGUCGUAGCAUAGCACUGAUAUUCCCCAACAUGUCUUGUGCCGUAGAGCCUGAAGGACAAGUUCCAUGUUGCUACCCC